AUGAACAGCACAGAUCACCAUGGAUUAAUCCAAGGCUUCUAUAACAGGAGCCAAACCCCAGGCAUUUUGCCACUUAACAAAGACUUAUCAACCGAGGAGAAGGACUCGUCGGCAGGAUGCUACGAGCAGCUGCUGAUUUCCACGGAGGUUUUCCUCACUCUGGGCAUCAUCAGCCUGCUGGAGAACAUCCUGGUUGUUGCUGCUAUUGUCAAAAACAAGAACCUCCACUCGCCCAUGUACUUUUUCAUCUGUAGCCUCGCUGUAGCUGACAUGCUUGUCAGUGUCUCCAACGCCUCCGAGACUAUCGUCAUAGCGCUCAUCAACGGCGGCAACCUGACCAUCCCCGUCACGUUGAUCAAAAGCAUGGACAACGUGUUUGACUCCAUGAUCUGUAGCUCUCUGUUAGCGUCCAUCUGCAGCUUGCUGGCCAUCGCCAUCGAUCGCUACAUCACCAUCUUCUACGCGCUGCGAUACCACAACAUCGUCACCCUGCGAAGAGCAAUUUUGGUCAUCAGCAGCAUCUGGACGUGCUGCAUCGUGUCGGGCAUCCUGUUCAUCAUCUACUCCGAGAGCACCACCGUGCUCGUCUGCCUCAUCACCAUGUUCUUCACCAUGCUGGUGCUCAUGGCUUCGCUGUACGUCCACAUGUUCCUGCUGGCGCGCCUGCACAUGAAGCGCAUCGCUGCGCUGCCGGGCAACGCGCCCAUCCAUCAGCGAGCCAACAUGAAGGGCGCCAUCACCCUCACCAUCCUCCUCGGGGUGUUCGUGGUGUGCUGGGCGCCCUUUUUCCUCCACCUCAUCCUCAUGAUCACCUGCCCCAGGAACCCCUACUGCACCUGUUUCAUGUCCCACUUCAACAUGUACCUCAUCCUCAUCAUGUGCAACUCCGUCAUUGACCCCAUCAUCUACGCCUUUCGCAGCCAAGAAAUGAGGAAAACCUUCAAAGAGAUUUUCUGCUGCUCGCACGCUCUCUUGUGCGUGUGA